AUGGGGGCAAAACGAAAGAAUCAAUUUCUGAAGUUUACACUUGACUGCACGCACGCUGUAGAAGAUGGAAUCACGGAUGCUGCCAAUUUUGAGCAGUUUCUGCAAGAGAGAACCCGAGUAGAUGACAAAGCUGGUAAUCUCCACAGAGGGAUUAUAACCACUGAAAGAAGCAAAAGCAAGAUUACUGUAACUUCUGAAGUGCCUUUCUCCAAAAGGCAUUUGAAGUUUCUCACCAAAAAAUACGUGAAGAAAAAUCAACAUGAUUGGUUGCGCGUCGUUGCUAACAGUAAAGAAGGUCACAAGUUGCAUUACUUCCAGAUUAAUUAG